AUGAAGGAUGACGCCGUGCCUGCGUCCGACGUUGCUGCGGCAGAGACGUUGGAUGCAGCCUCAAGCCAGCAGACGCAUCUGUCCCCCACGCCCUCGAAUGCAACCAGCACGUCUUCGGCGGGCCCUGCGUCGCGCGGAUGGCUGAGCAGCCUGUGCGAGGAUGACGAUCGCCGUGACUCGGCUCUAGCGCCGUCCAACUGCACCGCGACAGACGAGCUUCCAGCCCUCACCAGCCUGCGCAAGACACCAAGUCUGCCGGCCAUUAUCGUCCAGGAUGAACGGCUAUCGGUGUCUGACAGCCACGGGCACCCCCGCUCUCUAGACGGGGACAGUGCAUCUGAUAACCGGGCCUCUUUUAUGGGCCUGGACACCAUCAUACCCACUGGCGACUUCGACGACCUCACAUCUGACACCCAGGUGUCCUUCUCGAAACGCGGCAGCAUGCUCUUGGGCGGCAAGAAGGCCAACCGGCGGAGUAAACAGCUCGACUCAUUUGCGGAAGUCGCGCCCGCGCCGAGCACACCACCUCGACAGGCUGGGAAGGAGCAACCCAAGGAGGACCCCAAGGAACUCCAGGAGCUCACUCCGCCACCGCCCGCAAACACACACUUGUCGCCCUUGCCCAGGGCGCCCUCGCGCUAUUCGCCGCGUGGGCGCUCCACCAGCUUGCGGGUCCUCUCCACCGACGAGAUGGCGCUGUCGCGGAAAGUGCGCACCAUGUACAAGCACGGCAACGAGAGCGCGGUCGACUGGGACACGCCGGAAGAAGAGGGGGUCAGUGGCGCGACGAGCCUCAUGGAUGACAGCAGCAUAGCCAAUACCCCUGCCAAAUCGUCGUCUCUGACCGUGGACGGCAACAACGGAGAUACAAGCUCCCUAGCCGCCUCGUAUCGUGAAAGCCCUCUCUCAAAAGAGCCGCACGAGACCGCCGGAGGGCUGGAGGACUGGUCAAACCUCGAGGGCGGCGAGGUCGACCGAUAUGGCUUCAUUAUCCCGAAGAAGACGGGCUCGCGAGAGGCAAAGGACGUGGAUGGUCUGGAAGGACCCGAGCACAUUGGCAUACAAAGAGAGGAGAGAGUUUGGGCGCAGCGCCUCGAGGGCACGUUCGGCAGACCCUCGACCAAACUCACUGAGGAGGCGCCCAUCGCAAAAGUCAACCAAACCAUCCAGGUCCAUCUUCUCCAACCAGACCUCGAAUACGCAGAACGUCGCUUACUGAAUGAAGCCAGCGACAUGCUCAGACUGCCACCGGGCCUGGCAGAGGUUGCAGAGCAGGAAGAGGGUGGGCGAGCCGCACAAGCAAUGAAGGCAAAGGAGAUUGAACGAGAGGAAAAGUGGCGCAGGAUGGCAAAAGUGGUCAAAGCAGGUGCAGACCAGGGCGGAAUGCUCUUCGAGUUCGACACAAGAGAUCCAAAACUGAUUGCGCGGACCUGGAAAGGCAUCCCAGACCGCUGGAGGGCGACGGCAUGGUACUCAUUUCUGGCAGCAAGCGCAAAGAAGGACCCACAGAGCCCUACAGACGAGGAGCUCAUCGAAAGCUUCUACGAAUUACAAACCGAAAGAGGCGGUACAGAGGAGGGCUAUGUCCAAGGAAUGGCUGCGCUUGCUGCGACACUUCUCUGCUAUUACGAAGAAGACAGGGCGUUCGUCAUGCUGGUGCGCUUGUGGAUGUUCCGGGGCCUGGAGAGACUGUACGAAGCCGGCUUCUCUGGUCUCAUGGAUGCGUUGAGCGACUUUGAAACCAAUUGGCUCCGGAACGGCGACGUAGCGAAGAAAUUGCAAGAAGUUGGCAUUGACAACACAGCGUACGGUACCCGAUGGUACCUUACCCUGUUCAACUACUCGCUUCCAUUUCCCGCGCAACUGCGUGUGUGGGACGUCUUCAUGCUACUAGGCGACAAGUCCUACUCCAACUCUCCAACCUCCUUGUUCAGCGGAGAUCUGGACGUCUUGCAUGCGACGUCUGCAGCGCUAAUGCAUGCGACCAGGACAAUCCUGCUGGAUUCGGACUUUGAGAACGCCAUGAAAGUUUUGACAUCCUGGAUCCCAAUCAAGGACGAGGACAUAUUGAUGCGCGUGGCGAAGGCAGAGUACAGAGAGAGAAAGAAGCGAGCCAGUGCAUGA